AUGACAACCUAUAAACAGUUAGAAAUUAAACGGUUUUAAUUAUUAUUAGCAAUUCUGGAGGUUACUUUAGCAUUACUUUUUGGAUAGCAAUCAUGUUUGAAUCCUAACUUUGAUAAUAUAAUGUAGAAAUCGAAUUCACAGUCUAGAAUUUAAUGAUCUCCAAAUAGCAUUGGAAAGCUUUAUAAUAUUUAUAUGAAAGUAACUGCAUUUUAUUAUUCAUUCAAGCUAGACUAGACUUUGUAUACAAUAACCUACGCCAAAAAUGCCUUUCCUAAAACCGCAGAAGAUUCCACGAUCAAAAAUUUUAGAGGAUAUGACAAAAAAGAGUGGCUUUAGACAAACGGUGUUUUCUCCAAUUAGCAAAACAGAGUAUAUUGGAGAGUGGAAUAAAGACCUCCAUUCAGGAAAAGGCAUUGAGAAACGCAAUAACUACAUCUAUGAAGGCGAUUGGGAGAAUGGCAUGAAACAUGGAUAUGGAGUUCUUUCUCAUGAAAAUGAGAAUGGAGUUAGAGCAUUGAUUUUUGAGGGAGAGUGGAGAUACGAUAAAAAGGAAGGCCAAGGAACUCUAAUUCUACCAGAUAAUGAGGUUUACAUGGGCAAUUUUAAAGGUGGCAUGAGACAUGGUUUUGGACAGAUCUGGUUUACCAAUGGUGACUUCUAUAUUGGUGACUGGGCUCACGACAAACGCAAUGGAAAGGGACUCCAUUUGUACGGAAAUGGUGACAUAUUUGAAGGCAACUGGUUGAACGACAAGAAGCAUGACGAAGGAAAGCAUUAUUUCAUGAGAAAAGGUGGCAUGACUCUUCAGGGCAUGUGGAAAAACGAUAUGGCAGUGGUGGGCAAGAUGGAAAUUGGCUCACAAAGGCAGACUGCCAUCUAUCCUAUGGAGUUGCCUAUAACCAGGAACGAGUACGGUGAUAGUGAAAAGAUAUACGAGGCUGUAGUGAAAUGCAAGAAGAAGCGACUGAAUCAAAAUUAUAUGUAAUGAAGAAGAAUGUAAAUAAUAAAAUUGGAUUGAUUUAUCCAAUUUCUACUCAGAUGGAUUGAUACAUCGUAUAAAUAUAUGGCAAAGCGACUUCGUCCAUUUCUUGGAAAUAUAAGAAGAUAACACUGAUAUUGCUAUAGUGUUUGUUCUUAUUUGUGACGGGAAUAUUUUUAUUGAAGACUUUCAAAUUCCUUAAAAAAGUAGCGUAAUGCAAUCAAAAAUGUUGCUGGUUGAAUAGAUACAACAAAGGAAUCAAUUAUUUUUCUCACAAUGAUUGCAAGUUCCUGAUUCUACACAAAAAUUAUUUUAUUAAGAUGAGACUAUCAUUCUCAAUAUUAUAUAGAGCUUUUUCAAGUUGUUUUCUUGCUAUUAUAGAAUUCCCUUUUUGACUUGGAGAAAGUCUACGAAGAAAGUGUGGAAGAAAGUUUUAAAGAGCUUCACAAAAAUGUGGAAGAUGGAGAGGUGAGAGAAGAGAUGGAAACAGUCUCAUAGAUGAGAAAAUGAUGAGUGGAAUAAAAGAGAAUAGCAGGAAAACACAUAGAACUAGCUUCAAAUGAAUAACAAAAUGUGAAUAAUUAUGAGAAUAAAAUUUUUGCGUUCUAUCCUAAAUA